UAAGUUUUGAAAAGUGCUGACGCGAUUUAAAACCCGGUUAACAAUGUUGAAAUGUACUUCUCAUUUUCCUUAAAACAAUGUGAUUAAUCUUCACGUCGCUCAAUUGUCAAACUCGCCGGUGCCGCUGACGUAUAAACGAAUUGCAAAAAGAAACUCGGAACAAUCCGAGACUUGAAACUUUUAAUAGCUAUUUUCACUCCUUAAACUUAAAUAAGUUAUGGAAACCUGCUUAAGUUGUAAUUACUGUUGUCAUUUGCUUGUUACCGUUCUGAUAGUGAUCAAGUACUUGUGAUAUAAAAUUACAAGGCACUGACAUCUGAGGUGUUAACGCUGCUAAAAAGGUGGUUCUGGAGACUUCAAUACUUAAGAGAUUGUCCUCUCUUAAUUUGCAACAGAAUGGAGUUAAUGAAGGGCGCCUCCUUUGUGCGGCCCGAUACGUUGAUUACAUAGUGCCUGACUUAGCGAACGAUUGCUCCGGAUGUAUAAGCAAAUUGAACGGUCUUGGGAUCAAACCUCAAUGAAUGAAAGUGCGGGGGCAAAUUUUGGAGGAUAAAUUUGAGCCUGACAAAACGUGGCAAUGUGAUUAUAUUCACAAUACUAUACUAUACAACAAAAACAAUAAUAUAACGAGUUACAACACACUUGAGAGAAACAAGAAACGAAGCUAAUAUGCAUAAAGCAGCAUACAAAGAGACAAUUAAAGAACGUAGACGAUGCAUCAAAGCUUUGCCCAAAAUCAUUAUCAUCAAGCUAUGCAAAAGCUCGAGUGGUACUGAGUCGGCGCGAAAUGACAUCUAGAGUGGGGGGGCCAGUAACCCCAAGGACAUCGGACGGGGAGGUUGUGUCGCUUCGCGCUCGGAACACGUCGCGAUCUCCGCGUAAACUAUCCAACGAUGUUUUAAUAUGAAAAGUUACUUGAACUGUAUAGAGCAAGUAUGUGGUGUAUUGUGUGGUGACGUUAAUCAGUUGUGUCAAGCAUGCUCACCGGGCCAAUUAAAACAGAUAAACGAGAGUGGAACCAGUUCAAGAGUGUGGUGCUUUUGCAUCUUUUGUUCACUUUACCCUGUGUGACGAGAGCACAAAGUCGCGCACCACGAAUAAAGGAGCAUCCGGCUGACACUGUAGUUGGGAGAAGCGAACCUGCGACUCUUCGGUGUGUGUCUGAAGGGAAACCGAAACCCUCAAUACAGUGGUACAAAGAUGGCGCACCCCUUGCACCGAACGAUCACCCCCAUAGAGUAUUGCUUGAAGAUGGACUGUUAUUCCUUAGGGCCAUGCGAGGAAAGAAGGAAAACGACGAGGGUGUGUACUGGUGCGUCGCACGCAAUUCGGUUGGGGAAGCAGUUAGCAAGAACGCCACACUUACGAUUGCCGUCCUGCGAGAUGAAUUCAGAACGGAACCUCGUGACAUCAAAGUAGCGAGUGGAGAGCCGGCGAUAUUAGAGUGUUCAUCGCCGAAAGGCGUUCCCGAUCCGUCUGUCCAUUGGAUUAAAGACGGUCAUACAUUAGAUAUAGAAGUAAAUGGAAGAAUAGCAAUAGUAGACGGAGGCCAUUUGAAAUUUUUGGAAAGUCUUCCAUCGGACAGCGGUGUAUAUCGAUGUGUGGCCUCAAACGUGGCAGGCGAAAGGCAAUCGCGUCCUGCAACACUUCUCGUCUUACGCAGACCACAUUUUCUAGUGAAACCUAAUAAUAUAACGGCUUUAAUAGGCCAGAACAUCGAGUUUCACUGUCAAGUCUCACCAGAAUCAGAUGUGUCGGUGACAUGGUCACGUGAUAGAGGUGCUUUGUCAUCGAAAGCGAUUAUACGUCGAGGAUCUCUUAGGAUAGAUAGGGUAGUGGCGAACGAUGCGGGCGUGUAUACUUGUAGAGCUGAAAGUCAGGCUGGGACGAGCGCUGCUAGUGCAAUACUCACUAUACAUUCACUACCUCAUUUCACACGCGUGCCGUCUGAUCAAACAGCAUGGGAAGGAGAAGCAGUGUCCUUUCCUUGUGAAGCCGACGGCAUACCAAAACCUUUUGUGUUUUGGACAAUGGAAGGAUCUCAGGAACUAGUAUUUCCGAAAACAAGUCACGGCUCAAGUUCUCUAUAUCUGAAUCGAGUUAUGACUCAGCACGCGGGAAGGUUGACAUGUGUCGCAGUGAGUGCGGCGGGGAGUGCUUUGCAUACGGCUACUUUGCAGGUUUUGAAAAGAGAAGCGAACGCGUUCUCUGGUGAUCUAGAAACAUCAUCUCAAUACCCAGAAUUAAGUAAACCGCAAAACUACCCUCCAAUGACACAGUACGAAUUAGUACAAGCUCGCCGUUAUUUGCAACAGGAUGUCCUAUCGUUGAAACGAGUCGAAGGGAUAUCUGCUACUACUCUAAAAAUAGUGUGGGACGUCAUGACAGAUUACAACGAAUACUUAGAAGGUGUUAAGAUAUGGUUCAACGGAACAUCGAUGAAUAGAAAAUAUUUAGACUUACAAAGUGUUCAACAUUCCAAUGAAACAAAUAUUGAUAAUUUAAUAGAAUUUAGAAAGUAUGGAAAUUUUACAAUGACUACUGUACACAAUAGUGGAUCUUCCAGUCACGUUCUAACGGGUCUGUUACCUUACGCUCAAUACGAUAUAUUUCUAAUGCCAUUUUACAAAUUACUGUUAGGCAAACCAUCUAAUCUGAAAACAGGGUUCACACAAGAAGACGUUCCAACCGAGCCUCCGCAGAGCGUAACGGCUGGAGUGAUAAAUGCGACGUCGGCUUGGAUUAGGUGGGACCCACCCCCUGUAUAUGCGUGGAAUGGCGAAAUUUCAGGAUAUUUGAUCGAAGUACGCGUAGGAGGAUCGACAGGUGGCCGUGUCGUGGGUCAGAUGUCAUUGGGGCCGCGCACUCGUGCUGCCGAGGCGAGCUCGUUAAGGACCGGUGGCCGGUACAGCGCACGCGCCGCCGCCGUCACCCGACGUGGUCACGGACCCUUCAGCCCUCCCACCCACAUUCAUAUGCUACCCACACAGUCUCAACGGCAUUACGUCCAAACGGAACCCGCCACCGACAAAGCAAUAAUGUCAAUGUUCCAAGAAACCUGGCUUUUAGCACUGAGCUUAACUUUGUUAGUGUUAAUACUCGCCGGCGCCGGCAUUAUUGUUUACAUAAGGAGACGUCAUUCUAAACAAAGAAAGAAUCAGAAUCCAACUGGUAACUCGGCGCAGAAUUUUACACGUAACAAUAUUGACAUGUAUAGUAAGGAUGGAUUUGAAGUACCAAAAUGUUUUACAGGAACAGCAAUAGCUAAUGCUCAGCAAUGCUUGUUGGGCAAAGAGCCAGUUUGGCUCAGAGAAAGACCUGUAUUUGAAGGCACAACUGAGCCUAGUAUAGAAAUUUUGAAUUGCCAUCAAAGCCUUUUACAUGGUGGGCACACAAUUGGGACAAUGGCUAUAGAGGCAGAAUACAGUCUUCCACAACAUACAAAUGUCCUAAACCCGAUAUCCGAAGAAGAUCAUCGGAGAAUUCAACCCGAGGCUUACGCCUCGAGCGCUAUUUACACCGAACUGAAUUUCCAGGAUCAUACAGACGCCGAAGACUCUUGUAUGAAAUGCGCAGUCAGUCCGGGUUCUUACGAUAACAGCAUGGUCAGAUCCUAUGGAGAUAGUAAUCAAUAUUCUAAUGAAGAAUGUUCAACGUGCUGUAGAAGUAGUAGUUCAACAUUAACUAAAGAUUAUAGCGAAAUGACUAAAUGUAAUGAAGAACAGGACAUGUCGAUUGAAGAUUGUCCAUCCUGUAAGAUAGAACAUUCUAGAUCAUCAAGCCAUCAUGAAGGUAAUAAAGAGUGGGCGAUGGCUGAAGUUGAAUAUGACUAUCCCCAAUGGCAUUGGUUGGGGAGAGAGAAUAGUUUUAGACAAAAUGAAGAUCAGAGAUAUAACAGUGCGGGAAGGAGCGAUGAAAAUUGUAGAAUGAAUUUGUGCGAUAUACUGCCUCCGCCUCCGUAUGAAAGAGAGUCGCCGUAUAGAGAAAUGCAUGCGUUCACGAACCACUCAGGCACAUCGGGUUGUUCGGGCCAUACCUAUCGGAGUUAAUUUUUUUAUAUCAUUAGUACGUAAUUCGAGCAAUAAUAGUGUACAUAUUAUAAAUGGUUUCUGUGUUUCGAGAAGGGUUACUAUAACACCGUCACAUUAAUUUUUCCUUUUUAACUGGGAAUGGUAAAAACAAGUUAUGUAAAUUCUAAAAUUGAAAUGGUAAAUGAUCUAAUAAUUAGGUCUAAAAUCGAAAUCUACAUAGAAUGAAUAAUUAAGAAUAAUUAAUAAUAUUUGAAAUUAUAUUCAGAACUUAUAUAAUUAAACGGUACAAAAAUAAUGUAAUUCCUUUUAUCUAUGGGGAAUUAUCACUUGAACGUUAUUAAAAGCUUUCGGUGUAAUGUGCGAAAUGUUACGUGACGGUGUGAUAGACGGCUAUGUUUGUAGUUUUUGUGAAUGUGUUUACAAAUAGACUGCCAUGUAACUUAAUGUAGGCAUUAGUUUUUCAUCUUUCUCUAGUGACUGUGAUAUAGUAUAAUUUUCGUAUUUGAAUUUACGUUUUGUAAAUAUUUUAAAAUGUUUGAUAUCCUUAUACAAUUUUAUCAUUGAAGUAUUUAUUGUGUGUAGUGUAUUGAGAGAAUCUUUUUUUUUUUGAUAUUUCAAACAGUCACAGCUGUUGCAGGCGAAACAUUUUGUACUGAUCAAGAAUUCCUAUACUUAUACAGAUAAAUCGCAUUUUGUAAACGAAGCAUUAAACUGAACAAUUUCUA